UGAUCUGUCAAACGUUCGCUGACGUAAAAUUUUUCCACUACAUAAAUCUUUGUUUUCACGACGAGAAAUCUCAGACGUCCGCAGUUCAAGCCUCAACGGCAGCGCGUACCGCGUGAUGUGAUAGUGGCUUCCAUGUCGGACAUGGAGGGCAAAGGCCAGGAGGCCAUGACCGAACAGAGGAGACCAUUUUUCUAUCCCGACAGCAGUAGCGAUACCGAGGAGUACAGAAGGGACAACGAAGAUAGGAGAAAGAGGUUGUCUAAGAGGAAUAUACCUCCUAUGAGGGCGCGUUUGUCCUCUGCAAGCAUGCCUCCGAAGAAUCAAGCAAACACGCCGCUUCCGUCGACGUCGUCAGCUCAAGAUCCGCCUAGGAAUGGAAAGCAGUUAUGUGAAGACAGGAUAACUUUGGUGGUAGACAAUACUAGGUUCGUGGUAGACCCAGCGCAGUUCACAGCGCAUCCAAAUACGAUGCUUGGCAGAAUGUUCAGUUCAGGUCUAGAAUUUAUGCAUCCCAACGAGAGAGGAGAGUAUGAAGUGGCUGAAGGCAUCUCGGCAACAGUGUUCCGAGCAAUUCUCGAGUAUUACCGGGGCGGAGCUAUCAGGUGCCCGCCGGCGGUGUCCGUUCAGGAGCUGAGAGAGGCCUGCGACUAUCUGCUGGUGCCAUUUGAUGCUGACACUGUUAGAUGCCAGAACCUCCGAGGCCUCCUCCACGAGCUAUCCAACGAGGGAGCCCGGAGACAGUUCGAGAACUUCCUCGAGAAGCUCAUCCUCCCGCUCAUGGUGCAGUCAGCCCGGCGCGGCGACCGCGAGUGCCACGCUGUGGUGCUACUAGAUGAUGAUGCAGUGGAAUGGGACGAACAGUAUCCUCCGCAGAUGGGGGAUGAAUACAGUCAGACCGUGCUGUCAACACCGCUGUAUAGGUUCUUCAAGUAUAUUGAGAACAGAGAUGUCGCAAAGCAAGUGAUGAAGGAGAGAGGGCUCAAGAAGAUUCGUCUCGGCGUGGAGGGCUACCCUACUUACAAAGAGAAAGUUCGCAAAAGGCCCGGAGGCCGAGCCGAGGUCAUAUACAACUAUGUCCAACGGCCCUUCAUCCAUAUGUCCUGGGAAAAGGAGGAGGCCAAGAGCCGGCACGUGGACUUCCAGUGCUUCAAGUCCAAGAGUGUCACAAACCUGGCCGAGGCCACCGCCGACCCGGUCAUGGAGCUGGAGAACCGGGUGCGCGAGCUGGAGGUGGAAGUCCAGUGCUUUCAAGUCAAGAGCGUCACCAACCUGGCCGAGGCCACCGCCGACCCGGUCAUGGAGCUGGAGAAAUGGGUGCGCGAGCUGGAGGUGGAAGUCCAGGUAUGUCACGUGACAUACCUGACGGCUGACGGGUGA